GAGACCUUCCUAGCUCUCCUAUGUUUUCACUAUUUUUGCCUUUAGGCAACUCGUUAAAACUGCUACGGUGGGCUACGUGGACUAGGUGCGGAAGGGCGGCCCUUACAGUGAUGCCGAAACGUGGGAAAAAGGGAGCGGCGGCAGAAGAUGGGGAAGAGCCGAAGACUGAGCCAGAGGCCAAGAAGAGUAAGGGGGCAGCAAAGAAAAAUGAAAAAGAGGCGGCAGGAGAGGGGCCAGUCCUCUAUGAGGACCCCCCAGAUCAGAAAACCUCACCUAGUGGCAAAUCGGCCACGGUCAAGAUCUGCUCCUGGAAUGUAGAUGGGCUUCGAGCCUGGAUUAAGAAGAAAGGUUUAGAUUGGGUAAAGGAAGAAGCCCCAGAUAUUUUGUGUCUCCAAGAGACUAAGUGCUCAGAAAGCAAACUGCCAGCUGAACUUCAAGAGCUGUCUGGACUGUCUCAUCAGUACUGGUCAGCUCCUUCAGACAAGGAAGGGUACAGUGGUGUGGGCCUACUCUCACGCCAUUGCCCUCUCAAAGUCUCUUAUGGCAUUGGCCAGGAAGAACAUGAUCAGGAAGGUCGCGUGAUUGUGGCUGAAUAUGAUGCGUUUAUACUGGUAACAGCCUACGUGCCUAAUGCUGGCCGUGGCCUGGUGCGCCUGGAUUACCGGCAACGCUGGGAUGAAGCCUUCCGCAAGUUCCUGAAAGGGUUGGCUUCCAACAAGCCCCUGGUGCUGUGUGGGGAUCUCAAUGUGGCUCACGAAGAGAUUGACCUUCGCAACCCCAAGGGAAAUAAAAAGAAUGCUGGCUUCACGCCACAAGAGCGCCAGGGCUUUGGAGAAUUGCUCCAGGCUGUCCCACUGACUGACAGCUUUCGUCACCUCUAUCCCAAUACUGCCUAUGCCUACACCUUUUGGACCUAUAUGAUGAAUGCCCGAUCCAAAAAUGUUGGUUGGCGCCUUGAUUACUUUUUGUUGUCUCAGUCACUGUUGCCCGCAUUGUGUGACAGCAAAAUCCGUUCCAAGGCCCUGGGCAGUGACCACUGCCCCAUUACCCUCUAUCUAGCACUGUGAGACCUCUUCCAAAUCACUGAGCUUGGGAAAGCGGUCACCCAAAUUAGCUUUCCAGAUUCUAUCCCUCCACCCACCCACCCCUUUUAAACCAGUUUAGUAGAAAUCCGCACUGUAUUUCCUCUGUUAAAAAACAAAAACAUCCCCCAAUAAAGAAACAACAUGAAUCCUUUAGGCUUAGUGACGCUUAAUUUCUUUAUACCCAAGGGUUUUGAUGGGGGAUAGGAGGCUUUUUUCCCCCUUCGUAAUAAUAAGCAAAAGCUACUGAUGACUUCCAUUGACUUGUCCAUGUGAAAAUAAAGAGCCAUAGCUUUA